GAUCGGAGGCAGAUUCCGUCGGUGUACUGCGCCCGGCGUGUGCGCACGCCUGCCCUUCGCAUAUUAGCGCGUCGGCCGGCGCGGCCUACGAAUGCGAACAUUGGAACCGCGUCGCUCUAACCGAACUAACGUCUUUCGAAGUCAUGUGAAGUCAUGUCCAAAGACUUCGCAAAUCGUGAACUUUUAUUUUCUUAACUUAAUACGAGUUAAGUUUUGCUAAAAUUAAUCGGAGUUAAGUAAACUGAAUUCAAGGGCAGAUACGUUUUAAUAAAAUAAUGAAGUUUAGUCAUAAAACUAGAUAACGUAGGAUUGAAAAUAUAAUAUUAUGUGACAAUGUUAAUCUUAACAAUAACCUUAAAACAAGCUUAAAAACACUAAACCUAUUAAUGUAAACAAUAAUGAAGUGAACAUAUACGCGGGUGUAGUGUAAAUGUAAUUGCAAACAGACAAUUUUGAUGACGGUUUAAAAAGUGUUGGAUGGGAUGUCUGAGGGUAAAUCCCAGGGGAUGAAGUGGGUGGUGCUGUUGUGGCUGGUGGCCGCGGCGCUGGUGCGCGAGCCGGCGCCGCUUGUGCGCACGCGCAGCGGACUAGUACGCGGCGUGCUCAGCCACGACCGCCGCUCUUACCAGUACUUCGGCAUCCCUUAUGGACGAGUCGACCGCAGCAAUCGGUUUCAGGCGCCACUACCACCACCAACAUGGGAGGGUGUCUUCGACGCGAUGGAGGAGCACAUCCGCUGUCCUCAGGCCAUGGGGCCAAUCAUCAUGGGGGACCCGGAUUGUCUCCGAGUCAAUGUCUACACUCCCACCAGGGUGCACGACGAACCCCUCCCCGUUAUGGUGUUCAUACAUGGAGGCAGCUUCUUCGAGGGCACAGGCACCGGAUAUCUAUAUGGAGCCGACGAAUUCCCAGAACAUGGUGUCGUCUUCGUUGGCGUCAACUACAGACUGAAUGUUGAAGGGUUCCUAUGUCUCGGUAUUAAAGAAGCUCCAGGUAACGCUGGAUUGAAAGACCAAAUAGCUGCUUUAAGAUGGGUAAAGGAAAAUAUAAGGGCGUUUGGAGGUGACCCUAAUAACGUCAUGUUGUUUGGGGAAAGCGCUGGAGCCGUAUCCACUUCAUAUCUCGUCUUGUCUCAAGCUGCAAAAGGACUGUUCCACAAAGCUAUUCUCCAAAGUGGGUCAUCGCUAGCUCCCUGGGGCAUGCAGCGCGAUCCCAUCAAGACAGCCAGCAAUUUAGCCAAAGAAUUCGGUCACGACACCAAAGAUCCCCAAGAAAUUCACAGUAUUUUAUCAAAUAAGUCCGUCGAAGAACUGAUUAGUGCUAUCAAAUAUUCAGAACGUAAGAACUAUAUAACAGCAGAAACGCUAUUUGUACCAUGUAUUGAAAAAGUUAUUCCUGGAGUGGAACCAGUAGUGACGAGACAUCCGACAGAUAUUAUUAGACAUGGAAACUAUACUAAAGUGCCAAUGAUUAUAGGUUUCAAUGACAAUGAAGGGCUGUACUUCGUAUCGGCGGAUUAUGGUAUUAAUGUGAAGGAAGUGAACCCUGUUCAGAAUUUACAGAACGAUUUAGAAUUCCCUUCAGAUAGAGAUAAAAAUGAGACUGUGGAGAGGAUUAAGGAGGAAUACUUCUCGGCAAAGAAAGAUUUGGUGACUGGAUUGGUGGAAUUGUACUCGGACUUACAUUUCAAGAUCCCCACAGUGCUCGAGUCCUCUUUAUAUGCGCAGACGACAGAUCAACCGAUCUACUACUACUUGUUUAAGUACAACGGAUACAUCAACGUUCCCAAGCUGAUCUCGAUGUUCUGGUUCAAGCCGGGGGCAUCUCACGCCGACGAGCUGUUCUACCUGUUCAAGCCGCACUCAUUUCCGAUGCCCUGGCGCCGGCUUGAGAGAAACAUGAUUCAACGCAUGUUAACUUUGUGGACUAACUUUGCUAAGUACAGCGACCCGACCCCCCGAACCUCUCGCCUGCUGCCGCUUCGAUGGCGGCCCAGCCGGCAGAGCAACCCCACCGCCCUGGUGUUAGACCACAAACUGGGCUCCACCAGGCUGUGGGACCACGCCAACGUGGCCCUGUGGAACGACACCUACGCCCGCUACCGCCGCCGGCACUACGGCUUCAGGAGGACUACACGUGCUAAGUAUUCUAUAUCUUUAGGACAGAGGUAGUGUUGGUUUUCUAACAGGGUAGGUUCUACCAAAAUUUUAAUUUUCGCAGAAUUCCGUGAUGAAACAAAUGCGAAUCAAACAUUCUCAUUUUUUUUUUCGGAGAUUUUGUUAAUGGAAUGCGAAUUUCAUACUAGAUCCAAUCUUUUAUACUGGGAUGAAUUAGGACUGGAAUAACACUGAAUUGGGUAGUUCCCCAGGUCAAAGAUAAAUUAUGAAAUUCUGUUUACCAAAUAAAGUCAGAUCUAAAGGUGACAAAAAACGUUUUGUAUUUAACUUAUUUAAGAAUUUUAAUAAAAAUAAUGUAAUAAUAAAUGCGACAUUUUUUCUAUGACGUCACAGGAUGCUUUUUCAUAUAAAUUAAUAGUAAUUUCGUGAUUUGACGUGUAGUAAAAAGUAACUGAUUUGACUAGUUGGAAUCUGUCCUAUUAAAAAUUAUUUAUGUGUGAGCUAACAUUAUUUAUUUUUCUAUUUUUAACGUAUUUUUUUCUAAAAAGUGGCCGCUCGCGCUUUUUGGGUUUCAAUCUAGUUUUCACCCACCCUUGUAAUGCUUUUAUACCUACAUGUUAUGCCUGUUACCUGUUGUACCUAUAUACCUUUUAAAUAAUAAAUUAAAUAAGUACCAUUAAUAAUUUAUAACUAUAGGCGCAGGUACUUUAUAAGAACAGGAGUCAUGACGAAUUAAUAUGCUUCUACGCAGCUGUGGAAAUAUCCAAAAAAAUAAAUAUAAAUAUGCUAUCGUCAAAAGCAUGACAAACGACAUCCAAAUAGUUGUUGAAAUCAUAACUUAUAUUAUUAUAACUUAUGACCUUGGUGAUAAUUAUGUUAUUUUGUGUAAUUUUAUAAUCUUGUGUGUCGAAACACAAAACAGUGAAAUAUUACACAAAAACUAAAAUGUCCCUCGUUCUCUUGCGCGGACGCAUUGUCAAGCAUAAUCAUUAUAAUAAGUCAAAUUAUAGGUCUUCGAGCGGGUUGUAAUCAAAGCCCUAGGUCAUACGAUAGUGCCCAGCAGUGGGACGUAUUUUUAAAUGUAUUCAGGGUAAAGUUGGAUAAAUUGCUAUGUGAAAAGUGUUUUUAGAGACUUUAAUAUUUUUAACUGCAUUGUAGACUCGCUUACAUUUACAUGUCAUAACCCGACUAAUUUUAAUUAUAACAUGCGGUGUUGCUGACGCAAAUAAAUUAUUUUUGACUUUUUUUUUACUUAUAGUUUGUUCUCCGUUCCCCAAAAAUAAUAUUUAUUUAUUUAUUUAUUUUAUUUUUACAGUUAUAAUAGUAGUAGUGCUAGUUUAUAUUACAUGGCCCUGUCGACAUUUAACGUGAUAAUUACUUAUUUGCUCAUUACUCAGGUUCUUACAUAAUUAUUCAAAUAUACAAUUUAAUGGGAGAAGCAUUUAUGAAAAUAAUUGUUGCUUGAUAUUAAGAUCACAUUAUACUUAUAUAGAAUUAUGUUGCUAACUACCUAUAUUGCUUCUCUUUAUUUUUAUAUCUUAAUUUUUUACAGAGACAUCUAUAUUUUUUUAGGGAACCUGACCUGUAAAGUCAUUAUAAUAUAAAACUACUGUAUUACAUUAUACUGUAUAAUAUUAUAGAAACUUUGCCGUCUCUACCUUCCUUCUUACAAUUUGCGUAAUCGUUUGCAAGUCAUCCUUAUUUACUCGGUUGACGUCGAUGGCCCCUGUUACUACGUCUUGUGUCAACGAAAAUAUACUUAAUACGAAUAGAUAGAAAUAAACUGUCCUAUAAUAAUUUUCCAUGUCGUCCCCUGGCAACUGGCAAUCUUUAAUUAAAUAUACUUAUCCUUAAUAAAUCUCAUAAUCUCGAAAUAUUAAUAAAAAAAAUCAACUGAAGCAAAUAGAUGAAGAGAUAAGUCAUAAUUAAGUAAAUUACGGAUUAAAUUGUCAGGCCAUAAUGGAUGUGGGUGAAGGUGUUUGUUAAAUUAUUGUGCGUGGUAUAAGGAUUUUAUCUUACCGAAACGCCAUGGCCACGUCGCCAAACACCUUGUGUUAAAAUGGCUUCGUUGCCAAAAUGUCGCGUCGCCAAGAAUUGUUUGGCGAUUUCUAGCCAUAGAGGCGACCAAUCAGUUCGCGACAACAAGCACUUCAGUGCUUACCGCAAUCAACCCACUAGGGUCGAUUGAAUUUUCCAAAUAUAAUCCUCUCAGACGACGCCCUGAUCCAGGAGCAACCCUCAGGACUGUUGUCUUAAAUUUUGUACUGGGUGAAAGCCCUCUGUGCUCCCCAUUUAUCUCAAGUAAAAAAAAAGAAUUGUUUGGUGAUUUUAUAAUGUUUGACACCUGCAUGUAUGUACCUACACUGCUUCUCAAUAAAUAUUUCUUGUUUCUUGUUUUACCACUGGCGGGCGACUUGGCCAUGGAUGGGGUCUCGGUGAGUUAUGGCCUUAAAAUGUGUAAGUAGGUAAUAUUAAUAAUGAUGUUUAUAUUAAUGUAUUGAAUGUGUAAGAAGAAAGCCAAAAAUACCGUAGUAUGUAGUGAAGUAGGUAAUUAGGAGGUGAUAGUGAUCUAGUCUUGUAUUUAUGUGAGUUUUGUAGAUAUGAUUGUUAAAGUUCGGUAUUGUGUGAUAAUAAAUUUUCGAAUGAAACUAA